AAAUUAAUUUCACUUUCUCUGUUCAACAAGACAGGGUGAAGAUCUACAAACACUGUCAUUAUAUAAGACAAUUACAGUAGAAGAGAUCAGACUCAUCAGAUACCAACUGUGUAUUCAUGACUGAAUAUGGUGUCAAGUGUACAAAGGGACUCAGAUGCAGGUUGAGUCAGUGUAAGAUCACAGAUGAAGGUUGUGUUGCUCUGACUUCAGCUCUGAGAUCAAACCCCUCACACCUGAGACAUCUGCAUCUGUCUGAUAAUAAUGUAGGAGAUUCAGGAGUGAAGCUGAUCUCUACUGUACUGGAGAAUCCUCACUGUAAACUGGAGACACUGACUUUGAGCUGGUGUAAGAUCAAAGAUGAAGGUUGUGUUGCUCUGACUUCAGCUCUGAGAUCAAACCCCUCACACCUGAGACAUCUGGAUCUGUCUCAUAAUAAUGUAGGAGAUUCAGGAGUGAAGCUGAUCUCUACUGUACUGGAGAAUCCUCACUGUAAACUGGAGACACUGAAGUUGAGUCAGUGUAAUAUGACAGAUGAAGGUUGUGUUGCUCUGACUUCAGCUCUGAGAUCAAACCCCUCACACCUGAGACAUCUGGAUCUGUCUGAUAAUAAUGUAGGAGAUUCAGGAGUGAAGCUGAUCUCUACUGUACUGGAGAAUCCUCACUGUAAACUGAAGACACUGAAGUUGAACUGGUGUAAUUUCCCAAUCACAGAUGAAGGUUGUGUUGCUCUGACUUCAGCUCUGAGAUCAAACCCCUCACACCUGAGACAUCUGGAUCUGUCUGAUAAUAAUGUAGGAGAUUCAGGAGUGAAGCUGAUCUCUACUGUACUGGAGAAUCCUCACUGUAAACUGGAGACACUGAAGUUGAUGAGGUGUAAGAUCACAGAUGAAGGAUGUGUUGCUCUGACUUCAGCUCUGAGAUCAAACCCCUCACACCUGAGACAUCUGAAUCUGUCUGAUAAUAAUGUAGGAGAUUCAGGAGUGAAGCUGAUCUCUACUGUACUGGAGAAUCCUCACUGUGAACUGGAGACACUGGAGUUGAACUGGUGUAAUAUCACAGAUGAAGGUUGUGUUGCUCUGACUUCAGCUCUGAGAUCAAACCCCUCACACCUGAGAGAACUGAGUCUGUAUGGGUAUCAUGUAGGAGAUUCAGGAGAGAAGCAGAUCUGUAAGCUGAGAGAUGAUCCACAUUAUAAACUAGAGACAGUGAGCAUUUUAGGAUGGUUGAAAAAUGACUUUAUAUAGGUGUCUGUGUAAUCUCAGUAACAUCUGAUGGUGAAGAAGACAACACUAGUGACAUUACAGACACACAAUCAACACAGACUGAAGACACAAUCAGAGCUGAUCUUUGCUACGCAGACUACACAGGUUGUGUAGAGCCUCUGACCACCAGGGAGCUCACCUGGGGUACCAAAUCAAAAACACUAUGAUGUAAACAAGAUGCUAUCUUUAUAACUUGAGGAUUCAACUUUACAGGAAUCAUUUGGAAAUUAAAUAACAUUUAAGAAAACUAAAAAAAAAAGUUUUUUUGACAGCUGUGACAAUUGUUUUUUAUGUCUUGUUGUUUACAUUUUAGUUUGUCUAAACUAUGACAAAGGUUUGCUUAGAGUCCCCAGACAUUAAGGAUCGGCACAGGACACAAUAACACCUCACACUGAUGACACUGUUUGAAAACAAUCAUUCACACAUUCAGUUUCAUAAUCCUGUGAUAGUCUUGAUGAAGUGACUGAAAAACUUCUUCAACAAAAGAAAAUGAUGUUACACAAUAUUGUCAGGACAGUAAACACACACAAAUAUUGUGUAAACUCCAGUAGAUUUAAAUCAAAUAGAGCAAAUCUAGUGUGUGUGUUCAGAGAUGUACAGUAAAGAUCAUUAUGUGUGUGGCUCACUUUAUCAACCAAUAAAACAAAUGAAUUUAAGUGUCACAACAUCUGAAGAAGGAUCAGAAAUAGAAAGAGAUUGAAACUUUGAGUCUGAAUCCUGAAAACAUUGAAGUAAUGACUUCAUAUUAACAUUAUUAUUGUUUUAUUUCACUUUUACAAGAAGGUCAUUUAUGUAACUAACAUCUAUGAGCUACACAUUUACUUCCAAAAGUAAGAUCAUCUCUGAACAUGUUCUUAAAUAUGUGCUCUCAGGUAAUUCAAACAAUAAUAAUUCAUAUUAAAUGCAUGAUAUUUGAUCAUAUUUCUUUUUUGAGUUGGUCAUUGUGUGAAUGUGGUGUUUUAAAAAUAUUAAUUGUAAUACAGUAAAACAUUUUCUCAAACACGUCUCAUGACUCAUUCUGUUUGAGACAUGUUUUUGUUUCAUUUUAAUGUCAUUGUUAUCCAUCAGAACUGCAGUGACACAUCUGAUGAGCAGAAAGUGUGUCACACACAAAUGUUUUGAUGUGUUUCACUGCUGUAUAUUUUGUUAGAGUGCAUCACAAACAUUCCAC